ACCUCCACUUGAAAGAGAAAGAUCACUACUAAUGAUUAGUACUAUAUUUUUUCAAAGUCAUUUGGAUUUACGGAGAAAAUUGUAAUGACAAGCGAAGGAGAAGAUGUAGUUGGGCGGCGUGCAGCAUAUGGUGAUUACCGCAAAAAGUUACUUCAGCAGAAGGAGUUAAAUGCUCGGGUAACCUCAGUGAGAGAGAAUUUGCGUGCUUCCAAAAAGGAAUAUGGUAAAACAGAAGAUGAUUUGAAGUCGUUUCAGAGUGUUGGGCAGAUCAUAGGCGAAGUGCUUCGGCCUCUAGAUAACGAACGCUUGAUUGUUAAAGCCAGCAGCGGUCCAAGGUAUGUGGUUGGCUGCCGCAGUAAAGUGGACAAGGAAAAACUGACUUCAGGCACUAGAGUGGUUCUCGAUAUGACGACUCUUACAGUCAUGAGGGCACUGCCCCGUGAAGUUGAUCCUGUUGUAUAUAAUAUGCUUCAUGAAGAUCCUGGCAAUAUAAGCUACUCUGCUGUGGGUGGACUGUCAGAUCAGAUCAGAGAGCUGAGAGAAUCAAUAGAACUGCCUCUAAUGAACCCUGAACUUUUCCUCCGUGUUGGAAUUAAGCCUCCAAAGGGUGUUCUUCUCUAUGGGCCUCCUGGGACUGGCAAGACCUUGUUAGCCAAAGCAAUUGCUAGCAACAUUGAUGCCAAUUUCUUAAAGGUAGUAUCAAGUGCCAUUAUUGAUAAAUACAUAGGUGAGAGUGCAAGAUUAAUCCGGGAAAUGUUCAACUAUGCUCGUGAUCACCAACCUUGUAUCAUUUUCAUGGAUGAGAUUGAUGCAAUUGGUGGACGUCGAUUUAGCGAGGGAACAAGUGCAGACCGUGAAAUUCAGAGAACGCUCAUGGAGUUGCUUAAUCAGUUGGAUGGAUUUGACCAGCUUGGAAAGGUAAAAAUGAUUAUGGCAACAAACAGGCCAGACGUUUUGGACCCAGCUCUUCUUCGUCCUGGUCGGUUAGAUAGAAAAAUAGAAAUACCCUUGCCUAACGAACAAUCAAGAAUGGAGAUCCUCAAGAUUCACGCUGCUGGAAUUGCCAAACAUGGCGAUAUUGAUUAUGAAGCUGUUGUUAAGCUUGCUGAGGGUUUUAAUGGAGCUGAUCUUCGUAAUGUGUGCACCGAAGCUGGUAUGUUUGCAAUACGUGCAGAGCGCGAUUACGUCAUCCAUGAGGAUUUCAUGAAGGCUGUAAGGAAACUGAAUGAAGCAAAGAAACUUGAAUCAAGUUCGCACUAUAGUGCUGAUUUUGGCAAGGAGUGAGGGAUUUCUGUGAUAUAACCCCAAGGAGCUAUUGGAUUGUUCCACAGUCUUCCGUCUGGCCACUUGCUUGACAAUUGUAGUUCCAUAUGCUUGUAUUGCCUCGCUUCAAGAACUGUGUAAAGCAUGUUUUAAGAGAGCAUCCCACACCUGGUCAACCCUUUUGUUUAGCCCAUAUGCUUUGUCGGACAUUUCUCCUUUAUAAUAUUUAAUGGACGGUAAAGGUGAUGAUUGAUCAAAAUAUAUAUAUGAUUUUCUGAUGAUUGAUCAGAAUAUAUGAUAUAAUUUUCUCAAUUUGCAGUUCGUGCCACUGAAUUCUGAAAUCGUGUUAGAUAUUGAUAUAACAAAUACCUUCAGCUUGAUUUUCAUAUAGCGUCAUCCUCUACGCGUAGAGAAUUAACUACUGCUGCAACUUAGCAAAUGUGCUUGAGUUGCAUGCGGAAUUAGAGUUCGUAGAUGCUGAAGGUGAUCGUGAAAUCUCUGUUUGAAUUCAAAGGAUUUGUUACCUUAUUACAAGUUUGUAAUACAACCCAGGUAAAUGUGUGAUGGCAAACUGGCAAUAGCCCAGAGCAGCUCAAUCUAGGUCUGUAUUUGAUUAGGGUUUUUUGUUAGUCCUAAGUUUCAUCGCUUCAAAUCAAUCUUUAAAUAAUACAAGAAUAUGCAAUGCUUGGUUAUGUUCUCUAUGGGUUGAAGCCUUCAACCAGCAUUGUCAUAUAUUUAAACUGGUGUAUGGUGUAUUUGGUCUGACAGAAGCUAGUUUCCGGAAUUGAUUUUUAGAG